UAGAUUGAGGUUUUUUUAAAAUAUAUUCAGAGCAAUAAACCAUAUUGGAUAUUCUCAAAGCUCAGACAAAAACAACCAGUUCAGAAAGAAAAAGCAAAAUUUAAUUAAUGGCAGCAAGACAGCAGCCGAGAGGAACAGGCUUAGGUGUUCAGCAUGAGGAUUUUGUCCCCAAAUCUGAAUGGAAAGAUCAACCUGAAGCCACUCUUCUCACCAUUGAUCUUCCAGAUUUUACAAAGGAGCAAAUAAAGACAACGUAUUUGCAAACCUCGAAGAUGUUAAGAGUCACAGGAGAACGUCCCCUGGCUGGUCGGAGAUGGAGUCGUUUCAACGAAGUCUUUUCUGUUCCACAUAACUGUCUUGUAGAUAAGAUCCAUGGGAACUUCAAUAACAACUCCCUCACCAUCACCAUGCCUAAGGAGAUUACAAAGAUGUCUAAUCUCCCAGAAACUUCUAAAAAUAUGGCUGAGAAGUUUGAGAAGCUAGAGGAGAAAAGGUUGUUGGAACAAUCUAUAAGGAAAGCAAAGGAAAAAGAGGUUGAGAAGAAGAAGAAGCUUCUGGAAGAGAGAGAGGCAAUACUUAGGAAGCUGCAAGAAGAAGCUAAAACAAAAGAGAUGGCUGAGAGAAGGAAGCUUCAAGAAGAAGCAAAAGCAAAAGAUAGAGCCGAGGCAAAAAGGCUUCAAGAAGAAGCUAUAGCAAAAGAGAAGGCUGAAGCAAGGAAGCUUCAAGAAAAAGCAAAAGCAAAAGAGUUAUUUCCAUUAACGGCAACAAGACACCAACCGAGAGGAACAGGCUUGGGGGUUCAGUAUGAGGAUUUUGUCCCCAAUUCUGGUUGGAAAGAUCAACCUGAAGCCACUCUUCUCACCAUUAAUCUUCCAGGUUUUACAAAUGAGCAAAUAAAGACAACGUAUUUGCAAACCUCGAAGAUGUUAAGAGUCACAGGAGAACGUCCCCUGGCUGGUCGGAGAUGGAGUCGUUUCAACGAAGUCUUUUCUGUUCCACAUAACUGUCUUGUAGAUAAGAUCCAUGGGAACUUCAAUAACAACUCCCUCACCAUCACCAUGCCUAAGGAGAUUACAAAGAUGUCUAAUCUCCCAGAAACUUCUAAAAAUAUGGCUGAGAAGUUUGAGAAGCUAGAGGAGAAAAGGUUGUUGGAACAAUCUAUAAGGAAAGCAAAGGAAAAAGAGGUUGAGAAGAAGAAGAAGCUUCUGGAAGAGAGAGAGGCAAUACUUAGGAAGCUGCAAGAAGAAGCUAAAACAAAAGAGAUGGCUGAGAGAAGGAAGCUUCAAGAAGAAGCAAAAGCAAAAGAGAGAGCCGAGGCAAAAAGGCUUCAAGAAGAAGCUAUAGCAAAAGAGAAGGCUGAAGCAAGGAAGCUUCAAGAAAAAGCAAAAGCAAAAGAGUUAUUUCCAUUAACGGCAACAAGACACCAACCGAGAGGAACAGGCUUGGGGGUUCAGUAUGAGGAUUUUGUCCCCAAUUCUGGUUGGAAAGAUCAACCUGAAGCCACUCUUCUCACCAUUAAUCUUCCAGGCUGGUAUACAAAAUAAAUACAUAUAUUUAACUAGUUAUUGUUGUAUAGUUCUGAAUCAGUGUUUAUAACCCGGACCGGAUUAGCGGUCAGACCGGAUUUAACCGUAAACCGGUCACCAAUUCUGAUUGGGUUAAUACCAAAACCCAACUAAAAUUGAACCGAUUAAAAUCUAUAUUGAACCGUUAAAAACCCGAGAA